ACGAGAUAUGCCUUGCCUGCAUUAAGAUUUAAAACUUGUCGUCUACUUUCAGGAAAUGUUCGGAACAGAGAACUUACAAUAAUACAACGCCGCAUUCUCCGAAGAUUGAGGAACAAGAAGAGAUCUAUUAAGAGAAAGAUUUAUCCGAGAAAAAAUCUUAACAGUUACAUCCAAUCACAAACUACACGAAAGUUGUCCCUUUUUCAUGGGGAUUUACCCAUCACAGAGAUGCACAGAGGAACAGAACGAACUUCAUAUAUCCCUUUUCCACUCAAUCCAGAAACAAGAUUGGACGUUAUUCCGGUUCGUCUCCAUUUUCGUGAAACUCUUCCUCAAGCAAGGCAGCCGAUAAGUCAUCGAAGGGUUUGUGUGAAUAAUGGAAUGGUAAGCAUUACUCGUUUAAAACUUUCCCACGGUGAUAUAAUCUCUUUUCAAGAAAAUGACGCAAGAAUCCGCGGUGAAGAAAUAAGGAGAUCUUUCUAUAUCGAAAUAUCAGUUGAAAAAAUCAUAGGCAAAUUCCGGAAUCACCCGGUAAGAAUGUGGAGAAGAACCAAAACAAAAUGGUUCCACCUACUAAAAACGAAGAGGGGAUGCCGCCUACUACUAAAAUCCCGGUUUUUGCAAAAGUUGCGUUCUUCUAUGCAAAAGGAAGACUUAGAAAGAACAAAGAAGUUUGGAUCCGAAAAAGUAUGCUUAGGCAGUUCCUUCGCUGAGCACAACAGAAUGAAGAGGAAUUUGUAUCAUUUCAAAUCCCUAUUCUUAUCGAAGAGAAGGAACGAGAAAAACCGAAAUCUUCCUACUCGAACAAGAAGUCCUAUAGUUUACAACUCUUCUUUAUAUAGUAAUUCGACCUAUUGCUCCGCAUCCCCCCAAAAGUGGACUAUGAAGAGAAGAAGAAAAAGGAUCAAACUACCUACUCAUUAUUCGGAGGUGAAUCAUAGAACACCAAAAGCUGUGGUAUCUUAUGGACCUAACAUAGGUCACAUCCCUCACGACAUAAGAUUGAAAGAUCCAAACCUUCCUCUUCGGAGCGGAAACGGACGUGGCCAAAACAUAUAA